GCUUACGGCCUAGUCGUCUCUCUACUAUGUCCUGUUGAAAGUGCUGGAACCGGUUCUAACUACUAUAAAUUUUAA